AUGGUGGAAAAAAUUCCUGAAUCCUUUGAAGAAACAAUCUUGUAUUAUUUGAGAGGCCAAGAAAUAUGGCCGGAAGCCCCUUUUGAAGUCAAAUUGGGAGAGGAUAAAGACGAAUAUGCUGUGGAAAAUGUUCAAGAAAUCUUGAGCGAUUUACUUUUGAAAGUGGAAAAAAGAAUUGCCUGCAAAGAUAGAUACGAAAACUUGAAGUUGUGGCAUAAUCAGUAUCCUUUGUUCGAUCUCAACGACUUUAUUCCAGACUUUUGUAUGGAGCUGAUAAUGAAUGAAAAAACUGUGUACGUCGCGAUUCAGGAUAAUAAAUACUACCUCAGGACGACUAGUUUGAAGGAGAAAUUCGAAGAAAGGAAGUACUACAGUUACGCAAAGGCUUGUCAUCUCAUAGGCGAAGGGGCUAACUUUUUACUGAUGCGGUACCUCGCCAUAACCAGAUUCACCGGGAUCAUUGAGCUGUCUGCUCUCUACAUUAACGGCGACAUGUGUAGGAAUAUAUAUGAUUGUAGUGGUCCAAUGAUGGGAAAAGUGAACGAUGAAGAAGUAGAAGUAUGCAAGAUCUAUAGAUAUGUUAUAGAACAAUGUGGCAUUGAACAUCAUUGCGUUACUGUUAUGACAGUGCAUG